UUUGUCUUCUCCCUAGCGAAUUGUUUGCCUUAUUGGAUUUACCGUGAACCGAACAAUCUUCCGGUAAAGACCAUUCCCUCUGCCCUGACUUUUGCCUCCUGAGCCGUGCUUUGGAGUCCUUCAUCUACUGUUGCUCACCCAGCCGUUACAACCUAUAGGUGAGCCAUCGAUGUGGCGGUGUUCAGUGGUCAGGGUGUACAGGCAUCCCAGACCCACUGGUGACCAGACCCAGGGCACUGCUGCAACAACUACUAACACCAGAACCGCCACCACAGCCGCCACCUGUUCUGAAGGCUGGAGUUGGAGGAGGAGGACCGCCGUUUCGGAGGCGCUGCCGUUAGCGCCAUGCCUGAUACCCCGGCAGGCGGCCCAAGGACGGGGCUGAGGAUGGGGACGGCGGCGUGGCUGCUGUCCCUGGUGCUGGUGAGCUUGGGCCCCCGGCCGGGCCUAGCGGGCUGCCCCGCCGCGUGCCGCUGCUCCUUCGCCAUGCUGCAGUGCCUGGAGGCCAACGGCAUUGCCAGCCUGCCCGCCCUGGCCCCGCAGGAGAGCGAGAACGUCACAGAGAUAUACAUAGAAAACCAAGCCCACCUGGAGAACAUCACAGAGCUGGACCUGGUUUACUACCGGGAGCUGAAAAACCUCACGGUCACAUCCUGUAAACUACGCCUCAUUUCCCCCGGAGCCUUCCAGCACAACCCCAAGCUGCAGUAUAUAAACCUGGCAUCCAACGUCCUGGAGCACAUCAGCUGGAGAGUGUUUCACUUUCUCCCUCUGCUCAACCUAGUGCUGAGGGACAACCCACUGGUGUGCUCCUGUGAAAUCCAUUGGCUGCAGCAGUGGGAGCGCAGUGGGCGGGCUGACCCCGACAACCAACCAAUGACCUGCUUCUCCUUUGGACAGGAAGUACUUCUGAACAUCCUGUCCAUGGACAACUGCUCUCUUCCUGAAGUGACCAUCCUCCCGUCCGCCACUAAGGUCAAGGAAGGAGGCAGCCUGAUGUUUGAGUGUCAUGUGAGCGGGACCCCUCCCCCCGUGGCGAGCUGGCGUACUGAGAGGCUCCAUUCCCGCCAUGUGUUCGAGAGGAGGGUUAUGGUCUCCACCCUGGUGCUGGUGCUGCAGCUCCUGGAGGUCUCCUCUAAGGACAACCUCCACAACCUGACGUGCGAGGCGGAGAACCAAGCUGGGCCGGGAGAGGACAUGGUGCAGCUGGACAUCGAGUUCCCGGUGAGGAUCCUGUUCCUGCGCAAGGCCGAGCGGCAGCACCACUGGUGCUUUCCCUUCGCGGUGGACGGGAACCCCGAGCCCACCAUCCAAUGGCUGUACAACGGCAAGGAGCUCACCGAGAACAGGUACACCUACACCCAGCUGUUCCCCGACACGGACGAUGGCUCCGUCAAGCACGGCUGCCUGUUCCUCAACAAGCCCACCCACCUGAACAACGGCGUGUACACCAUGGUGGUCCGCAACGUACUGGGCCACGACCAGGCCAACGCCACCGGGCUCUUCAUGAACAGCCCUGCCGAUAACUUUGACGAUGGCGCCAUUCCCGUCUUCGAUCCAAUUCCGACCAACACAUCCAACAAGCAUGUGACGGAGAGCAAGGAGAGUCGCCUGUUUGUGAUCUCUGUGGCGGUGGGCCUAGCUGUGUUCGCGUGUGCUUUCCUCCUCGUCAUGCUCGUGGUGAUCAACCGAUGCGGACAGCACUCAAAGUUUGGCAUUCACCGCUCCUCGGUCCUGGGCACUGAGGACGACCUGGCGCUGUCCCUGCGCUUCAUGAACUUCGGGACCAACCCGCCUUGCACCGAGGAUGACUCGGGCCUCUCCAGCUUCGUGGAAAACCCUCAGUACUUCUGUGGCAUCAUCAAGGACAAAGACAUGUGUGUCCAGAACAUCAAGAGGCAGGACAUCGUGCUGAAGUGGGAGCUGGGUGAGGGAGCAUUUGGCAAGGUGUACCUGGCUGAGUGUGCCAACCUCAGCCCCGACAGCGACAAGAUGCUGGUAGCCAUCAAGACGCUCAAAGACGCCAACGAGUCGACCAGGCAGGACUUCCAGAGGGAGGCGGAGCUGCUGACGGUGCUCCAGCACCAGCACAUUGUGCGUUUCUACGGCGUGUGCACGGACGGAGAGCCCCUGGCCAUGGUGUUUGAGUACAUGCGGCACGGAGACCUCAACCGCUUCCUCAGGGCCCACGGUCCGGACGCCCGCAUCCUGGAGGAGGUGAAGAUGCCUCCGCUGGGCCAACUGACCGUCCCCCAGAUGCUGCACAUCGCGGGGCAGAUCGCCUCGGGCAUGGUGUACCUGGCCUCCCUGCACUUUGUCCACAGGGACUUGGCCACACGCAACUGCCUGGUGGGCGAGGGGCUUGUGGUGAAGAUCGGGGACUUCGGCAUGUCACGUGACAUCUACAGCACCGACUACUACCGGGUCGGCGGGCGGACUAUGCUGCCCAUUCGCUGGAUGCCCCCGGAGAGCAUCAUGUACAGGAAGUUCACCACCGAGAGUGACAUCUGGAGCUUCGGCGUGGUGCUCUGGGAGAUAUUCACCUACGGCAAGCAGCCCUGGUACCAGCUGUCCAACAGUGAGGCAAUCGAGUGCAUCACCCAGGGUCGGGAGCUGGAGAGGCCCCGGACGUGUCCCAAGGAGGUCCACCUCCUGAUGCAGGGCUGCUGGCAGCGGGAGCCCCAGCAGAGGCUGGUCAUCAAGGACAUCCACAGCCGCCUGCUCGCCCUGGUCAAGAACCCCCCCCUAUACCUCGACAUCUUGGGAUAGGGAGGGUGAGUCGGAGGGGGUGGAGGGCGGGGCUGGAUGGAAGAGGGGGGAUUGGUUCAGAGGGUACAGGGAGAAGGGGCUUUUGGUUCUGAGAAAGAUACUUGGAUAAGGAGCAGGGGGAGGGGGGUUUCUACCUGUUCCUGGGACACAGAGGGAGGAUGGGAGGGUGGAGGAAGGAGGGAGAGGGGAAAGGGGAAAGGGGAAAAGGGGAUCGGUUCACAGAAAGGAAGAGGAGACGGGGUGGUUGUUUUGUAAAGGCUGUAAGAUGUAAUGUUUUGAGCUCCAUUCCCCCCUUAAACAGCCAUGUAAAUGCAAGGAAGGGUUCAUAUGAUCUAUCCAGUGGCUCUGUGAUCGUUCUUCGUACAUGAACAUCCCGUGGUAGAGGAGCAUGCACGGGGGGGGGGGGGGGGACACCGGCCCCAGAAGGUUGGACGUUAGGGUCGGCCGGGGGCUCAAACCCGAGAGGAGGAAGAACAGUCUGAACAGGGACUCAGACAUCUGAUGAGAUGGGCCAUUAUAAGGCUGUGAUGACAGGAGAGGGCCCUUCAGCGAGGCACAUGCCUAGCUGCAUGCACCGCGGGCUCCCACCAACCGGCUAGUGAUUGAGUUUGGAGUUUGGACACGUGAAAGAUCAUUUUUUUAAUAACUAUAAAUAAAUAUAUGUACUUAUAUAUAUAUGUAUAUAUAUAUUAUUUGUGAAGGAGAUGUUUAAAUUAAUCUUAGGCUGGCGUUUCUACUUUAGCAUUCAGUUGAUGGAGGGGCACUCCUUUUUGAAUACUGCAUCAAACAUAAUGUCUUAUCAUAUUUGAGUUUUAUUUUUUUUUAAAUCCCAGACAAAAUUUUGCCUCAGCAUCGAUUCAGGUGUUCUACUCUUAUAGCUACAGCCCACUGUUGCCUGUUUCAAUACCUGUCUGAACGGGAAAAAAUAAGGAAAAAAUAAUCAAACCAAUAAUAAUUGGUUUGAUGAUGGUUCAAUGCAUAGCCUGGCCAGACAGUCUGGCUUUAGGCGUCCGAUUCAGAGAUAAGCUUUUGUACAUAUUGUCCCUGUUUCCAAUGCUAGUAUUCUGACCUCAAACACAAAGCACUGUAUUGAAAUUCGGCACGAUUACGUAUGUUUGUGUGUGUGUGUGUGUGUGUAUGUGUGGUCGUGUUUGUGCUUGUGUGUGAUCAAAUCUUUGUAUGUAGGAUGUGUGGAUGUCUCUGUGUGGGGGAUGUGUGUGUGUCUUCAUUUGAGAUGUGUGUGUGUGUGUGUGUGUGUGUGUCUUUGUGUGUGCUUGUGUGCGUUCAAAUCAUUGUAUGUAGGAUGUGUGAAUGUCUCUGUACACUGGAUGUGUGAAUGUCUCUGUAUGGGGGAUGUGAGAUUUGUGUGUGUGUGUGCGUUGUGCCUGCGUGCAUGUGUGCGUGUGUCUGUCCUUGUGUGCGUGUGUGCAUGUGUGUGUUCUUGUGUUUGUCUCUAUAUAAGGUGUGCGUGCGUGUGUGUGUGUGUGCAUGUGUGUUUAUGAGGAGGGGUCGAGGACACAGUGUCGUGUUUGGUAACAGAUGGAGGUGAAGGUCCAGGAACAAAGUGCUGCUGGCAGAUGGUUCUGGAAACAGAGACAGCGCUACCGGCCACUUGACCGCUGCACACCCUAGUGUGAGACCAAAUACAACGCUCUGGCUUUAAGGAUUUAUUGCCAUUUAAAACUUAUCAAAGCGCUUGUUCGAAGAGAAAUGCUUUUUUUUCCUGUGGAUCCAUUUGUGAUGCCUUGAAGUGUAAAUACUGUCUGUAAAUAUAUGCUGUAUUCAUGUCUAAAGAGAUGUCUCGUUACCCCUGCCACUUUGUAUAAUGUCUUCGCUCAAAUAAAAAAGCAAACUAUAUAUAUGUUUAAA